AUGGCCGAUUACUCCGACUACGGUUAUCAUCAACCCCAGAGUUCUUCAACAGGCUCCCAAUGGCUUCCCGAAGAUGUGUCUAGUCAACCCUUCAACGCUCAAAUGCAAGACUGGAUCCGUGCUUUCCAUCGACCUCGACACAACCGGGUCAUGAAACCCCGUAGUGCAGGGAACAGCCCGUCCUCGGCCAUCCGGAGACGCACCGCCAUCGCUCAGAGUGCCAUGCAUGGAAUGCCAAAUCAGUAUCACCAUUCAGCCCUGGAGGCGAUGAUAUUAGCCUCAACAACACGCAUCUCUCGCCCAAUCUCAUGGCAUCCCUCCUCAGCCAGGUCCCGAGGGCUCUCCAACCCAAUCGGGCUACAUGAAUAUUCCUCGGAGAACUUUAUGAUGGGCACUAUGCCGGAUCAGUCCAUAAAUGGCCUUCCAGCUGAGAACAUGAUGGCCUACCCAGUCUCGGCGGGACCUACUUUCCCAACUGGAUAUUUUCCUCCGUAUGCGGACAUGCCGGACUCUAUGCCCUUUCAGCAACAUACGCCAUCGCUGCCCAUGGCUGGCUCGCAGGUCGAGCCGAUCACUUGGGAUACCACUGCCAACACCGACUUCAUGGGGAUGAAUCAGUCUGCGUGCGAUGGCUGGUCCCUGGACAUGCUCUCAAUGGCCAACAACAUUCCUCCAGCAGAGACCACUUGCCCCAGCUAUGUCAGUGUACCCUCGCCUGGAGAAAUGAGCGGUCCAUCGACACCAGACUUCCUUCCCAUCCAGCAUUUUGAUAACGAACCAGCAUCUACUCUGAAGAAACCCGCCAGGCCCGAAGAAGAGCUUGUCGGGAUGGGUCUGUAUAGCCAACCCAACAGCGCUCUCGGCCAACUGCAGCAGGAAACCCUGGGCAAGGGGCUGAAGCUGGAGGAGACCUUUUCGCCCUCUGACGAUGAAAACGAUGAGGCUGAUGCCGAUGGCGAGGUGGACGAGGAGGUGACUGAUUUCGGCUCGACUCAGCCUCAGUGCAGCCAGCAAGAGCAGCUCCCCGUGGCGCAGCAGUCAAGCUUCCCAAUCCCGAAGCAUCCAUCGAAGCAAGCUCUCAACCUCUUGCACAAAUCUUUCUUCUUUGAUCACGAUGAUUCGGACCAGCACGCUGUAGCUGCCGCACAGCCUUUCCCCAACCUAAACCAGCCGUGCAUGACCUACGGUUACGGGUGGAUCUGA